AUGGCCGGCUUAGAACAAUCACUCUUCCAACUCAAAUUCACCGCGAAGCAACUCAACAGACAAGCAGCCAAAGCCGCCAAAGAAGAAACGCAAGAAAAAGCCAAGAUCAAAAAGGCAUUAUCUCAAGGCAACAACGACAUUGCGCAGCUCUAUGCUCAAAACGCCAUCCGCAAAUCCAACGAGCGCGUCAACCUCUUGCGCCUCAGCUCGCGGAUCGACGCCGUUGCAUCGCGGGUCCAGACUGCCGUCACCAUGCGCUCCGUAACGGGCAACAUGACGCAAGUUAUAAGAGGGAUGGACAAAGCGUUGCAGACGAUGAAUUUGGAGCGGAUAAGUCUCGUGAUGGACAAAUUUGAGAAUCAGUUUGAAGAUUUGGACUCGGCUACGAAUUAUUAUGAGACGACUACGAAUAACGUCAAUGCCGUGUCGACGCCCCAGGACCAGGUUGAUGAGUUGUUGAAUCAGGUGGCAGAUGAGGCUGGUAUUGAGAUGAAGCAGGGGUUGAAUGCGACUAACGUGGAGAUCCAGAGUCCCGUGUCGUCAACUGCGAUCCUGGAGGAGAAGGAAGAUAAGUUGGCGGAGAGAUUACGAGCAUUGAGGAACUGA